AUGAACAGCAAGACAAACGAAGUAAUGUUCCAAACGAAUGUCUUGUCGCACCUGAAUGAGCUGACGUACUGGUGCUAUCUCAUUCAGGUGCAAAGCCACGCCGCAUUGCACAACCGAGUCCGCGGGAUUCCGGAACCCCACUACUCGAGGCGACGACACGAGGGUUUACACAAAGCUCUCAGCCUGGCCUCCCGCUAGACUACGCCCAGUUCUUCAGUGCAUCAAACAGGGUGAUUACUCGGAAACGUACAAGCCACGAUUACAGAACAGCAUGUUCUGCGAUCAACUCGCUUGCGCAGAUCCUUGACAGCGAUCCGUCUCAGAAUAUAGCCACUGGACCGUUGAGGAGGAUGUUCCAGAUGCUUAGAUGCCUCUGCCGAAACUACACUGUCAUUCCUCCGACGUAUACAAUGCGUCCGGGAUCGUUGUCCAAGAUCGGCGAACAUCCGUUGGAGCACGGAGGGUAUGCAGAUGUAUGGCGCGGAGAACUAAAGACACCUACGGGUCGAGUCAAGGUGGCGCUCAAAGUGAUACGUAUCAAUGCAAAGUGUGCGUCACGCAUACGUCCGAAUGUAUGCCACGAAGUCGUGAUGUGGCGACGCCUCCGCCACCGGAGGAUAACGCCAAUGUUCGGCGUCGACGAGACGCUCUUCCCAUUAUGCAUUGUUAGCAAGUGGCAGGAACACGGUACUAUAUCUGCGUUCCUCAAGCAAUUCCCUGCCGAGAACCGACUUCGAUUGCUGAUUGAUGUCUGUGAAGGAUUACAGUAUUUACAUUCACAAACAUUCGCUCAUGGUGAUCUGAAAUGCAGCAACAUACUCGUUGACAGCACGCGACAUGCGUGUCUCUGUGAUUUCGGCCUGACAGCCCUCAUUCAUGGUGUCAAUACGGUCGAUCCCACGACGCAGAGCAAUGGCGGGCAAGGGACCAUACAAUAUAUGGCACCCGAACUCCUCUAUCCGGAAGCAUUCGGGCUGCAGCAUGCGCAUGUCUCACUGGAAGCCGAUAUUUAUGCCUUGGCCAUUGUGAUGUGGGAGAUCUUUGCCGGACGGCCUCCGUACAGCUCGUGGGGAUCGGGACAAAUACAUUGGAGGAUUCUAAGGGGUAAAAGGCCUCCCCAUCUGCCCGAUGCCCUUCCUCUAGGCCUGUCCGACUCUGUUUGGAAGCUCAUGGAGGAAUGUUGGCAGUCGGAUCGGUGUCAACGCCCUCAGAUCCGACACGUACUUUCAGUUCUUGCCGAUGCUGUCAAAACAUCCCAUCACGCAGUCGUGAGACACAGUCGCGCGACGGCUCAUGGCGCUGGCCGCCCUUCUGAGCUGUGUCACCAUGUACUAGUAUGCCUCCCGCCGUACGAUACUUACGUGCACAAAGCAAUCUGAACAACGAGUUGCUCGAUUUACAUCAUGGCACUAGGCACUAGGAAGGACGCUUCGCUUUGAUUGCUCUGUAGAGGUCAAUAUCGCUCGCUUGAAAUUUCUAUUCAAGCUGAACGAAUGUAGGCGACGUU